UUUCUGAAGUAACCCAAACAUUUGAAUUUUGUUUGUUAUUUUUUGUAUCGUGUUUAUUACAGUGUAAAAAUAUUUGUAAGUGUAUUUUGAUUUGCUACUGUUUAAAUAUAGUAAUGUCGAUAUUUAUGCUGAAAGUGAAAUAAACUAUAACGGGUGCCUUUUUAAAAAAACCAAACCAAACCAGAAUGUGGCCUUGAAAUGCUUAUUUGUCUGUGUUGUAUGUAUAAUAGAUAUGUAUAUAUGUAAACAUAAACUGCAGUUAUUUUGCCUUGCAGCGAACUUUUUUUUUCAUGUAACUUCUCAUUUAUUUUACUUUUUAUGUAUUUGAAAGACAUACUUUUAAACAAUUGGGACGCACACAGUGACCUAAAAAGGUGUCUGUAGUAGUGGCUAUUUCUGAUGUGUAUAAAUUCUUUGAGCACUACAAAUGUUCUUUGGAAAAUGUUCACCCUGAAAUAUGGAGACUAGUAAAUAUAACAUUCCAAAUAAGUUUCUUGAUGCUUUAAAAACACCAACAUAGGAUCUCUAUAAAUAUAAGAUUUUUCUAAAUAUUUGAGUUGGGAGUGUGGAGUGAAGACAUUGUGUAGCAUUGCCAGGAGAAUUAUUAACACAUAACCUUAAUUGUUCGUUCGUUCAUUCAUUUCUUUAAAAUGAUUGCUGAACAUCUUUCGCUAUUUAAUGCAAACAUCUAUAGAAAUAAGUCACUCACUACACAUUGUAGUAAUAAUUAUUUAUGUUAAAGUGUUUUAAAGUUCCAUUCCCUAUGUAGCCACACCUUUUCUCUUGAAAUUCUAAGACAUACACAUCUUGCAGAGAUUAAUUUUGGGGAGGGCGGAGGGCAGGCAGGCAGACUGAUACCUUCUAAUAAAUGCAUUGAAACAAAAUAUUUGUUUCUUAACUUUGGAACAAACCAUUGGCCGCUAGAGGACAGUGAGGUUGGCAUUGAAGACGUGCAUCAUAAUGUAUCUAGAAUCAUAGAAUUGUAGAGUUGGGAGGGCCCUCAAGAGUCAUCUAGUCCAACCCCCUCAAAUGCAGGAAUCUCAGCUAAAGCAUCCGUGACAGAUGGCCAUUCAACCUCUGCUUAGAAACCUAAGGAACAUGCACUAGGCUUUAGAAACAACCCAUCAUCCAGAUCUUACGACAUUGGAGAGUUGCCGUUACUGCUCUGACACUACAGUCUUUGCUGUGCUUGUUUCUCCCCUUCAUGACUUUCUUCUUCCGUCAGCAUAGUUGUAACCUUCAAGAGCUGUUUGUUGAGUGGCUUCUAUAUUCAGCCAUGAAUAAAGCUACUGGUUGGUUAAGAAAGCUGAAUGUUUUCUAUAGGCCAGUGAGAGUUGGGGCAGACUCUGCGCAACUGUUGAAGCUCUUGAGAGGUGGACCGGACUAAGUAAGUCCUCCUUGGUAGUUGGAACGACAGCGGUUGCAGUUGCUCCUUUCAACAACACAUUUAUUCCCAAUGUAUGACUUUAAAAGAAAGAGAAUUCCAAGAAGUGUGGAAGGGAAUGGCUAGCUGGGUGUGUGCGUGCCCUUCCGAUGAUAUUUUCCAUUUCCAUUUAUUGCAUUUAGCAGGAGAGAGAAAAGCAGGAAGUGUGGCUUUUAACAAAAAUGGGAAAAUAGAAUUAACUUUUGGAAUUUCCCCCUCCCAGCCCACAGCCUCUCUGAAAUACCCUUUUGAUAUGUCCCCGCGCCUCGUAUACCUUGCUAAAUAUAGCCAUGGUACAGACACAGGCCAGCGGGUCACUCUGCACCUGUGAAGCAACAUAAGCCAUGUACCACGAUCGCCCUCUCGGUUUAUGCAACCAUCGGUUGCAAUCCCUAUUUUGGUGAACGAUACAAAGCACCGACAGCUUCACACGGCCGAUGCAGGAAAAGGAGGGCAGAUAAAUCCUAGGAACUGAUCAAGGAAGCAGAUGGUCCAGGCGUGCAGGCAUUUAGUGGACUCAUAACUCAUCUUUGUCAAUUGCUUUAGGGGUUGGAAAUGGAAAUGCAGGCUGGUAGUCCACCCUCUUCCACCACUUCCUCCUCAUUCAAGCAGCCACCAAGAUCAGAGGCUAAAAAAACUCGGCCAAAGAAGAAAAUGGACCUGGUCCACAAGCAGGGCCCAAAGAUGCAGAACAUUGCUGACCAGUCUUGUUCUGGCUUUAAGGAUGAUCUAGAGAUUCGCCUGCUUCAAGCUGAGUGUGAGGAGCUCAGGAAUAAGCUUGGGUGCUUGAGGGAAGGACUGACGGGUCAAAAGCCGAGUGACGUGGAGGAGCUGAUGAAGAAGUCUCAGAUGGAACUCCUGUGGCUCCAGAGGCAGCUGUCUUUUCUCUCCACCGGGGCACCUGCAUACAUUUUGCCAUCAGGCAAGUUUGGAAAUGAGCUACCGUACUUACAACCUGCAGUGCCACAGAAAACAUUUGGUCGGAUCCAUAUUUUAGAAGAGAAGAACCAGGCUUUUCGGUCUAAUGUCACCACACUAACCCAAGAGAAUCAUCGGUGCAGCUUCUCAGAAAAUGAACUGAACAAUGUCGUGCAUGAAAAGAACUGCUUGAGGCUCCAGUAUGCGAGCAUAUCUCACAAGGCACUUCAAUAUGACCAGGUGAAAACAGACUAUGAUCAGCUUAGAGAAACCCUCGCCGCAGUGACCAAAGAACGUGAUUUGGCUGUGAAGGAGAAGCACCAGCUCCGAGCCAAACUGGAGAACUUAGAGCAGGUCCUAAAGCAUAUGCGAGAGGCUGCUGAACGGCGGCAACAGCUGGAAUUGGAGCAUGAGCAAGCCUUGGCUGUUCUCAACGCAAAACAGCAGGAAAUUGAACUCCUGCAGAAGGCUCAGGUUGAAGCUAAGAAAGAACAUGAGGGUGCAGUUCAGCUGCUAGAGACCACCUUGGACAGCAUGCAGGCUAAGGUCCGUGAGCUAGAGGAGAAAUGUCGGACGCAAGGCGAGCAAUUUAACCUCCUCUCCAAGGAACUGGAAAGGUUUCGGCAGCAAGCUGGGAAGAUUGAUCUCCUGACGAGUAACUCGUUGGCAUCCACGGAUAUCCUUGGCUCACCUAGCAAAUCCCUGUCCCAGUUCAUGAACGGAAUUGCCACAUCCUUAGGCAAAGGUCAUGAAAGCUCCUCAGGAGGCCACUGUGUGAUCUCAGAGUUCAUACGACCCCUACAACUAUCUGGUGACAAACCAGAGCAAUUGUCCAUCAAGCCAACUUUCCUGUCCCGGUCACGAUCUGGCAGCCCAAGAUGCAGGUUUGAAUCAGACAUGGAUAAUGAACGGAAUUCUAAUACCUCAAAGCAGAGAUACACUGGAAAAGUCCAUCUUUGCAUCGCUCGAUAUAGUUACAACCCAUUUGAUGGACCAAAUGAAAACCCCGAAGCAGAGCUGCCCCUCACUGCAGGAAAAUACCUCUAUGUGUACGGAGACAUGGACGAAGAUGGCUUCUAUGAAGGUGAACUCCUAGAUGGACAGAGAGGUCUUGUCCCUUCCAACUUUGUGGAUUUAGUGCAGGAUAAUGAAUCCCGUUCGUCGAGUGGGGUGGGCAGCGAGCAAGACCAGAAUUACAUCAACCACACUGGUCACAUGUUGGAAGGAGAUGGCCUUUUGGAGAUAAACCCUCCCAGCCACUUAGAGCCUGGCGUUGUCAAUAACAGUGCAGGGACCCUGGAUGUGAACAUUGAUGAAAUUGGAGAAGACAUUGUGCCUUAUCCUAGAAAAAUUACCCUUAUCAAACAACUAGCCAAAAGUGUUAUUGUGGGCUGGGAGCCUCCGGUCGUGCCACCUGGAUGGGGAACCAUUCAUAGCUACAACGUCUUGGUAGACAAAGAAAUACGGAUGAGUGUGUCCUUGGGGAGCAGAACUAAAGCUCUCAUAGAAAAACUUAACAUUGCUACCUGCACGUAUCGAAUAUCUAUUCAAAGCAUAACCAGUCGGGGCAAUUCUGACGAGCUCCAGUGCACUUUGUUAGUUGGGAAGGAUGUCAUUGUGGCUCCUUCGCACCUUAAGGUGGACAACAUCACCCAGAUUUCCGCCGAGCUCACCUGGCUCCCGACCAACAGCAAUUACAGUCACGUGAUCUUCCUCAACGAAGAGGAAUUCGAUAUUGUCAAGGCUGCCAGAUACAAGUAUCAAUUUUUUAACCUGAAGCCCAACAUGGCCUACAAGGUGAAGGUAUUGGCCAAGCCUCACCAAAUGCCCUGGCAGCUCCCACUUGAGCAACGGGAAAAAAAGGAAGCCUUUGUAGAAUUUUCGACAUUGCCAGCAGGUCCACCAGCUCCCCCUCAAGACAUCAGAAUUCAGGCUGGGCCGACGCCAGGAACGAUGCUGGUUUCAUGGAAGCCACCAAUUCUCACAGCAACAGGGACCUCCAAUGGAGCCAACGUAACCGGUUAUGGAGUUUAUGCAAAAGGCCAAAGGGUGGCAGAAGUUAUCUUUCCUAUGGCUGAGAACACCGUCGUGGAGCUCAUGAGAAUCCGGAGCUUGGAAGCCAGGGAAGUUCUCGUCCGGACACUUUCUGUCCAAGGGGAAUCGGUGGACUCGCUGGGCGCUGCCAUUCCGCCUGACCUACUGGUGCCUCCAACCCCUCACCCUCGGCCAGCUCCCAAAUCUAAGCCAUUACCAAGUGCCGGCAUCCCAGAUACCAAAGACGAACAUUUGUGUCCGCAUGUAAAAAGGGAUGAGUCGUGGGAGCAGGGCCGCGUGGCGUCUCCCGUCCACGGCCACACCCUGGAGCCUCCCGACUUCCACAGCCCACUCCAGGGGAGGAGGUCUCCUUCCCCAAACCGGAUACUCCCUCAGCCACAAGGCGCGCCCGUCCCCAACACAGUCGCAAAGGCCAUGGCCAGGGAGGCUGCUCAGCGCGUCGCAGCAGAGAGCAGCAGGCUGGAGAGAAGGAGCGUGUUCAGCGAAAGGAGCGGUGCUGCACAUUACGCAAACUCUGACGAAGAAGAAGAUGGCUAUGACUCGCCGCGUGUCAAGAGGAGAGGGGCUUCUGUUGACGAUUUCCUAAAAGGCUCCGAGCUCGGGAAGCAGCCCCACUAUUGCCAUGGGGAGGAGUACCAUACUGAGAGCAGCCGGGGCUCCGACCUCUCCGACAUCAUGGAAGAAGACGAGGAAGAGCUGUACUCAGAGAUGCAGAUGGAGGAUGGAGGGAGGAGGCGAGUCAGUAUAACAUCGCAUAACACUCUCAAGGGAUGUUAUACGAAUAAGAAAAUUGACGCAGCUUUUUUGGAGCAGCCUGAUUUUGCCCAGCAGAUCCACCACAGUAAAAAGCUGUUCAGUAUCCCCGAAGUAGCCGAAGAGGACGGCGAUCACUCGGAACUUUUGCACAAGCAGGGUUUAGGGAUGGCCCACAAAAUGAGGAGCACAGUAGCUAGAGAGAGUAGAUCUGCCAGAGCUUACCACCAAGACCUGCAGCACAACUUCUGGCACCCGGCGAAGCAGAGAAUCUUGGAGGAUGCAGGCGAGAGAGGCUAUACCUACAGCAGGUCUUCCACAAGGAGCCCAGACAGCGGCCUGGACUGUGGCAGCGAGGAAGAGGAAUCCCGCUUCAGCUUCCGCAACACCUACGAUGCGGCUUCUGCAAAUGUCGCACCCAGCUGCUGUGCUACUGGCGGGAGCUGCUCGUGCCGAAAGACACCACCCCGGCCCCUGCUUGCCCGCCGGAGGACGCUGACGAGGCAGAGCAGCAUUGAAGAAGACUUUGGGGACCCCUUCCCUUCCUUUCUAGAGCCCCAAGGCGAGGAGAGCAAGCCAUCUUAUUAUGAGAGGAAGUGCGAGCCUCAUUGGUGUAAUAGAGCAGAUAAUUUGAUGCGCGAAGAUUAUCAGGGAGGCUGGAGUGGCCACUUGGCAGGGAAUGACAUUAGGGCACCUUCCGUCUCACUUGCAAGGCCAUCCUACCGAGAGCCCAAAGACCCUCUGCUUUUGAGUAACCCAUCAUCCUCCGGACGACCAGACAGGAUGGAGCACCGGAGUCAAAGAGUAUCUCACCGAAGCUCGGGAGGACCACAGCGGUCGCGGCCCAUGCAGGUCCCUUCCAUUGAGAUUACAAUGGACAGUAACAGUGAAGGUGCUCGGUCAGGUAGUGAGGGGCAUAGUUCCCCCCUAAGAGAAGAUGCUUAUUCUCGCAGCAUUGGCGGACACAGGAAAUGGUGCCGGCAACGUACCGUGGCCUCUGACUAUAGAUACGAUGGCUACUGUAGCCGAGAGCGUCUGUCCCCGGAGAUUUACGAAGAAUCCGAAACUGAUCCUGGUGCAGAUGAGGUCUCCACGCGGAUCUUCGUUGCCCUCUUCGACUACGACCCGCUGACCAUGUCUCCCAAUCCUGAUGCGGCUGAAGAGGAGCUCCCGUUUAAAGAAGGGCAGAUUAUCAAGGUGUAUGGCGAUAAAGACGUUGAUGGAUUUUACCGGGGGGAAACCUGCACGAGGCUGGGCCUUAUUCCUUGCAAUAUGGUCUCUGAAAUCCAAGCCGACGACGAAGCUAUGAUGGAGCAGCUUCUGAAGCAAGGGUUCCUCCCUCUGAACACCCCUGUGGAGAAAAUAGAAAGGAACAGGCGGAGCGGCCGUCAGCCUGCAGCAUCGACCAGGAGAAUGGUGGCCCUAUAUGACUACGAUCCAAGGGAGAGCUCUCCUAAUGUUGAUGUGGAGGCUGAGCUAACAUUUUGUACAGGAGACAUUAUAACAGUCAUGGGAGAAAUUGAUGAAGAUGGCUUUUAUUAUGGUGAACUUAAUGGCCAGAAGGGUUUGGUUCCUUCAAACUUUCUUGAAGAAGUGCCUGAUGAUGUAGACGUCUACUUGUCUGAUGCCCCAGCACGAUAUGCUCAAGAUACGCCAAUACGUACAAAAGCAAAAAGGGACAUGCUGCUGGGGAAAAUGCCAAUAAACACAGAAAUAACUUGUUCUUCCACUAGUGUGUAUAAUAGUGUCAUGAGCAUUUAGCUGCGAACCAUUCGUUUUGUGUUUGGUUCAUUGCAAUGCAAGCUUAGCUUUUCAAGCAUUUUUCUGCCUUGCAAUUAUUAAACAGCUGCAGAAUAUAGGUAUGCUAUAGUGUUAAAUGGAACACAGAACAAGGGGUUGGGGGGGGGGAGGGACAUGCUCCAGCAAGCUUGCGUAGACCAUAAACUCAAACCAUUCAAAGUCCUCACCCCGACCCCGCUGCCAGCAAGUAUCCCACAAAGGUGCUCAUCUCUGAAUAUUCAUGUGUAGUAUCUCACUUCUGUCUUCUUUCAUCACUGCAGUUUUUAUAUAUUAUAUUUUGUGUAUAUUUUUAUUUCUUUGCUCAUCUGCUUGGGAACAGAAGAAGAGUGUUCAUUUCACACCUUAAAAAAAGGCAAUGUAGCCUUCACGUAAGUGAGCAACUGAAGAUACCAGUAAAAAUAUCAAUUCAAGCUAGCAGGCAUUAUCUAAUGCAGCCGUCUUAGCACCUAAAUGUGCAGAGAGAGAAAUAUGUCUCCAAAACCAUUAGCCCUGGUUGGUUGCAGACUUUCCUUCUAUGUAUUUUUCUUUUUCUUUGAAAUAAAACCUCAACUUCUAGCAUCUAUAUAGUCAUAAAAAUGUCAACAGAAUUGACUUGUCUCACUGUUUUCUUCCUCCUUGUAUUCAGGGCUCAUGUUCGUAAAAAAAAGUUUUAACAUUUGGAACAUAUUUCUUACUGGACGUAUUGUUUGUUUGCAUAAAAAAGUGUUCCUAGUGUCUAAUUCCAAAGAGAAGCUGCAUAUUGCAUUGUUAGCCAAUCUGGGAGGAAAGCCCCCCCACCUCCAGGAGAGGGAGGGGGGGUAAAAGCACAACAGACCCACCCUUGAGUAAGUGUAAGACUGUAAGCAGAUCAGUAUGGUAGAUCAAAAGAAAGGGGUAUGGUUGUAUCUGAGAACACAUUAACCUCAAAUAUCUGCUUAAACUGUUUGCCUUAAAAGUUCCUCUGCUGGUCAAUGAUAUACCCAAAGUCUGCCUAUGGCAGUAUCUUCUCCAGUCAUCAUUUAAUAAAUAAUAAUAAUGCAAACUCUCCAAUAGCACAGUCCGACACCCAUGUUUGCAAAGCACUCGGCGGCUCUUUGGUUUAUCAAUGCAAUAACAGUUGACAUAGACAUGCAGCUCAAACCCAUGAAUGAAUGCAUUAGAGCUCAAUAUAUAUAUAUGGUAUCUUCAGGUGUAAGUUGGGGGUGCUUCUACGAAGUGGUUCUUUUUUGUUUUCUUCAUUAGACAAAGACCUUGAUUUGAGAUCAAAGCAAGCUUGCGACCUCUUUUCUUCCAUUUCAGUUCCGUUCAUUAAACUGAGCCCGAUUUAGAUUUUCUGGAUACAGUAGGGACCACCCAAGUGUCAUAGCUGCCAGAAAGAAUUGGUGGCCAGCAUUAAGCAAGCACUGCGACUGGUGUGGUCACUCACAAUAGUUUUCACUCUCGAAUGACUUUCAUACAUAUCAAUGCACUUUGUGCAAUGAAGUAUUCAUUCCCUGUACCAGCCAUUUUACAAGCAAUCCUAUUGUAUACAAAGUGUGCAUUACUACCAUUGAAGGUCGCGAAGCUUUCUUUGAUUAUGAUUAAGGUUCAUUUUAGCUUUUUUUCUUUCAACCAGUGUGCCAUCUUACUAAAAUAUGUAUAUACAGUAUUGCUUUUCUUUUAAAAGUGUCCAAUGGACCUCAAAAAUUAAAAAAGGGGGGGGGGAAGCCUCUGAUUAUAUUAUCUCCACAAUUGGCGAUUCCCUGUGGAAACUGGCUGGUGUAUAUAUAGAACUUGGCAUUUGUAGUACUCAGUUCAAUUUUCUCAUGUGCUCAGGGUCACCCAGAGUACCGCAAUGUGAAAAGGCAAUUUUAAUUUUGGCCAAAAUCCAGUUCCGAGUCACCUGGUUAAAAUAAGCAGUACUAUUUAUUUUACCAAAAACAAAACAAAACCCACAAAUUUAAGCCUUCAGCUGUAUAUGCUGUUUUUCUCACUACUUUGGUAAAUUAGCUAAAUCUGUUGUGUGGCAUACUUUAAAGAAAAAAAAUGGAUUGUCCAAAAAAAAAAAACUAACAAAAAAUGUUACCAACUUUCUUGUUGUUUGGCUUUCAUUCAGUAAACUGUAACAAUGUACCUACUAGGUUCCUCCUGAGAAUACAGGUACAUCACCAAGGAGAGCACCAUCCCCCACAGUCCAUCUCCAUACGGGGUCACCUACGUCAUCUGUGGGUUCUGGUAGUCCCGGGCGAGGCAGGGAACUGUCCUCGAAAAAGAAAAAGGGG